AUGAUCCCAGGGAAACCGGUUGACAUAAACAUUGGACAUGUACCUGGUUCAGCUUCCUCUUUCGAAGGAAAUAACACCAUUCAUUUGUAUGAUUAUGGUGGUUCCUUAAAUAACGAAGUAUCUGUCACUGAAUAUAGGAAUAUUGACAGCCUUCAAGGAUAUAUAAAAUGUGAACACAAGCCAAACAAUGGUAACGCAAUUAAAGCUAUAACGUAUAAAAGGCAACCUACCACUGGAUUAUCCGGUGCUAGAGCUCAUACAACGGUAACCGUCUAUUUUUGGGAAUGGGACAUUGAGUAUACUAACCCUUUACUUGUUAAACUAGGAAAUAAUGAAAAAUAUUAUACUACAGACGAUAACACUAACUGGCUUGAUUCUACCGACAAUUUUAAUGGGUAUUCUCUCCUAGAGUUUCUUGAUGAACAUAAUUGCUUUAAGAACAAUGCUCAUGUUAUAAAUCUCUCAGAGAGAAGUGCUAAUAUAGGUUACCAAUGUCUAACAAAAGAAUGUGGCGCCAGUAUUACUUUUGUCAAUAAUCCCUACCAAUAUUAUUCCCAAACAUUGCAUGCUAUUUCUGAUGGGUAUAUUCGCAGAUUUAAGGAUAAGACUGUCGAGCAAACCGGAAUUGGUUUUCCAAAGGAUGCUAAUCAAGUCUAUGUUUAUCACUAUCCAAGCGGGCCUGAUGGAAUUCCACUCUUGAUUUGUCUUCCAGAAUCAUCUGGAGGCUGGUAUAAACUGAGGCGUAAAGGUAGUAAUAGGUGGGUUCCAGUGGGAGAUAAUAUUCCAUCUGGUCCUACUGACUCUUCUACAAUCCUUCCACUUUUGAAGAAAAUAAAUGGAGAAAGCAAAGGGCUUACUCCAGGAGAUAUAGCUGGUUAUGUAGCAGAGGGUCUAGCAUCGGUUGGUAUGGGCGGACUUGGAUUCUGGAAAGGACCAGCUGUAUUAAGAGGCAUAAUUUCACUAGUAAGGACUGCAUUAUGA